AUGGCGGAAUCUGUUGGGGUUGAUCGGAGGAUUCAGAGUUUAAUAGCUGCAAGAAAGUCUUUAAAAUCGAGUCUAGAGAAAUCCAAAGCCAUUGGGUUAGCUUUGGGAAAAACUGGUCCUAGGUUUGAUGAGAUUGAACAGAGAUUGCCGUUGCUUGAAGCUGCGGUGAGGCCGAUUCGAGCCGAUAGAGAAGCUCUUGUGGCUGUUGGUGGUCACAUUAACCGAGCUGUUGGUCCUGCAGCUGCUGUGCUUAAGGUGUUUGAUGCUGUUCAUGGACUUGAGAAGUCUUUGUUAUCAGAUCCCAAGAACGAUCUCUCGGGUUAUUUAGCGGUAUUGAAGCGGUUAGAGGAAGCAUUGAAGUUUCUUGGGGAGAAUUGUGGGUUAGCUAUCCAGUGGUUGGAAGAUAUAGUUGAGUAUUUGGAAGAUCACAAUGUUGCUGAUGAGAAGUAUCUUUCGAAUCUGAAGAAAUCUUUGAGAGGGCUUAGGGAAUUUCAAGACAACGGUGGAGGAAAGAAAGAGAAAGCUCUUCUUGAUGGCGGGCUUAGAGGUGCUGCUCUAGACAAGCUGGAAAACGAGUUCCGGAGGCUCUUGAAGGAUAACAGUGUUCCACUUCCGAUGGCGUCUCCAUCAUCAUUAGGCGAACAGGCUUGCAUUGCACCGUCUCAGUUGCCUGUAACUGUAAUCCAUAAACUGCAAGCCAUUCUGGGGAGACUCAGAGCUAAUAACAGACUUGACAAGUGCAUUUCGAUAUAUGUAGAACUAAGGAGCUUGAAUGUUAGAGCUAGUCUUCAAGCACUUGACUUAGAUUAUCUAGAUAUCUCGGUUUCUGAGUUCAACGAUGUGCAGAGCAUAGAAGGGUAUAUUGCUCAGUGGGGGAAUCAUUUAGAGUUUGCGGUUAAGCAUUUGUUCGAAGCAGAGUUCAAGCUUUGCAACGAUGUGUUUGAGAGAGUCGGUUUGAAUGUUUGGAUGGAUUGCUUCUCCAAGAUUGCUGCUCAGGCCGGUAUGCUCGCGUUCCUUCAGUUUGGGAAAACCGUGACAGAUAGCAAGAAAGAUCCAAUUAAGCUUCUGAAGCUGUUAGACAUCUUUACUUCUUUGAACAAACUGAGAGCAGAUUUCAACCGUCUCUUUGGUGGAGCAGCUUGUAUUGAGAUCCAAAACUUCACAAGGGAUCUCAUCAAAAAGUUAAUCGAUGGUGCAGCGGAAAUCUUCUGGGAGCUUCUGGUGCAGGUAGAGAUUCAGAAACAAACCCCGCCUCCUAGCGACGGUGGUGUUCCUAGAUUAGUCAGUUUUGUAACUGAUUACUGCAAUAAGCUUAUAGGGGAUAAGUACAAGUCAACACUGACUCAGGUUCUGCUCAUACAUAAGAGCUGGAGAUCAGAAAGGUUCCAAGAUAAUCAGCUUAUGGUUGAAGUUCUAAGAAUAAUCAAAGCCAUUGAGCAGAAUCUGGAUGUAUGGAUGAAAGCGUAUCCGGAUCAAACGCUUGCUCAUUUCUUCGGUAUGAAUAAUCACUGGCAUUUAUACAAGAACUUGAAGGGUACGAGAAUUGGAGAUCAGUUAGGAGAUUCAUGGCUGAAAGAGCAUGAUCAGUACAAAGAGUAUUACGCUACUGUCUUCCUUAGAGACAGUUGGGGUAAGCUCCCGAGCCAUUUGAGCAGAGAAGGACUUAUACUCUUUUCGGGUGGACACGCCACGGCUCGUGAUCUUGUCAAGAAGAGACUGAAGUCUUUCAAUGAUGCGUUCGAUGAGAUGUACAAGAAGCAAUCUACAUGGGUCUUACCUGAAAAAGAUUUGAGGGAUAGAGUUUGUCAGCAGAUAGUUCAGGCUAUUGUGCCGGUUUACAGAAGCUACAUGCAAAACUAUGGGCCAUUGGUUGAGAAAGACGCGAGUUCAAGCAAGUAUGUGAGAUACACAGUGGUAGCUUUGGAGAAGAUUCUCAGCUCUCUUUAUAUUCCUAAACCCAUGAGAUAUGGAAGCUUCAAAGGAACACUGCCGAGUGAGAAACUCAAGAACGAAGUUGACCUUAGACGAACUACUUCCGCUGUUGUCUGA